UGACGGGAAGGUGGUAGUAGGGUAGUUGGCGGGUGGUUGAGCAGUGCCGGUCGCCAUGUCCGCGGGGAGCGCGACGCAUCCUGGAGCCGGCGGGCGCCGCAGCAAAUGGGACCAACCAGCUCCAGCCCCGCUUCUCUUCCUCCCUCCUGCGGCUCCAAGUGGGGAGGUCACUAGCAGUGGGGGAAGCCCUGGGGGCUCCACGGCCGCUCCCUCAGGAGCCUUGGAUGCUGCUGCGGCUGUGGCUGCCAAGAUCAAUGCCAUGCUCAUGGCCAAAGGAAAACUGAAACCAACUCAGAAUGCUGCGGAGAAGCUUCAGGCCCCUGGCAAAGGCCUGACUAGCAGUAAAAGCAAGGAUGACUUGGUGGUAGCUGAAGUAGAAAUCAAUGAUGUGCCUCUCACAUGUAGGAACUUACUGACUCGAGGACAGACUCAAGAUGAGAUCAGCAGACUUAGUGGGGCAGCAGUGUCAACUCGAGGGAGGUUCAUGACAACUGAGGAGAAGGCCAAAGUGGGACCAGGGGAUCGUCCGUUAUAUCUUCAUGUUCAAGGCCAGACCCGGGAAUUAGUAGACAGAGCUGUAAACCGAAUCAAAGAAAUUAUCACCAGUGGGGUGGUAAAGGCUGCCACAGGGACGAGUCCAACUUUUAAUGGUGCAACAGUCACUGUCUAUCACCAGCCAGCACCUAUCACUCAACUUUCUCAAGCUGUUAGCCAGAAGCCUCCCUUCCAGUCUGGGAUGCAUUAUGUUCAAGAUAAAUUAUUUGUGGGUCUAGAACAUGCUGUGCCCACUUUUAAUGUCAAGGAGAAGGUUGAAGGUCCAGGCUGCUCCUAUUUGCAACACAUUCAAAUUGAAACAGGUGCCAAAGUCUUCCUGCGGGGCAAAGGUUCAGGCUGUAUAGAGCCAGCAUCUGGCCGAGAAGCUUUUGAGCCUAUGUAUAUUUACAUCAGUCAUCCCAAACCAGAAGGCCUGGCUGCUGCCAAGAAGCUCUGUGAGAAUCUCUUGCAAACAGUUCAUGCUGAAUACUCUAGAUUUGUGAAUCAGAUAAAUACUGCUGUACCUUUGCCAGGCUAUACACAACCCUCUGCUAUAAGUAGUGUCCCUCCUCAACCACCAUAUUAUCCAUCCAAUGGCUAUCAGUCUGGUUACCCUGUUGUUCCCCCUCCUCAGCAGCCAGUUCAACCUCCCUAUGGAGUACCAAGCAUAGUGCCACCAGCUGUUUCAUUGGCACCUGGAGUCUUGCCAGCAUUACCUACUGGAGUCCCACCUGUGCCAACACAAUACCCGAUAACUCAAGUGCAGCCUCCAGCUAGCACUGGACAGAGUCCCAUGAGUGGUCCUUUUAUUCCUGCUGCUCCUGUCAAAACUGCCUUGCCUGCUGGUCCCCAGCCCCCACCCCAGCCCCAGCCCCAACUCCCAACUCAACCUCAGGCACAGAAGAGGAGAUUCACAGAGGAGCUACCAGAUGAACGAGAAUCUGGACUUCUUGGAUACCAGCAUGGACCCAUUCAUAUGACUAAUUUAGGUACAGGCUUCUCCAGUCAGAGUGAGAUUGAAGGUGCAGGAACGAAGCCGGCAAGUUCCUCAGGCAAAGAGCGAGAGAGGGACAGGCAGUUGAUGCCUCCACCAGCCUUUCCAGUGACUGGAAUAAAAACAGAGUCUGAUGAAAGGAAUGGAUCUGGGACCUUAACAGGAAGCCAUGAUUAUCCAGCCAAAAAGAUGAAAACUACAGAGAAGGGAUUUGGCUUGGUAGCUUAUGCUGCAGAUUCAUCUGAUGAAGAGGAGGAACACGGAGGUCAUAAAAAUGCAAGUAGUUUCCCACAGGGCUGGAGUUUGGGAUAUCAAUACCCUUCAUCACAGCCACGAGCUAAACAACAGAUGCCAUUCUGGAUGGCCCCAUAGGAAACAGUGGAGCAGUUUUGAUCCUCGGUGACUCUUCUUUAGCAAUAAUGCAUGUAUUUGAUUUACAAGACUCUGGGGUCUAUACUGGGAGCCAUCUUGGACCUUUGCAGAAGUUAGAGAUGCAGUAUCCCCUUCCUAAAGGGGUUCCAUUCUUUUGACAACAUCCUUAUUUCUGCAGUGGCAUUGCAUCUGUUAAAAUUUACUUAGAGUCACAAAUGUGUCUCAAAAGCUUUUUUAACGGUGGAUGAAAAGUACUUGUUCAACAAUGUGUCUCAGCAGGGUCAUUCCCAUAUACAUUUGACCUGUUCUAGCAUUUUCCAAACAAAUAGCCCCUGCUCUGAUAUGAAGGAAGUUGUAUUUGUAUUUUACUACUGUUUAGUCAAUUUUGAUAAUAACUGGUUAUAAACAAAGCCUUACUAUUUAUUAGUGGGGAAGUGAUUUUAAAGACCAUCCUUUCCUUUCAGUACUUAAUUUGAAGAGAUCCUCAUCGAUAUUUUGAUUUUGGAUUCUUUUUGCUUUGGAAAAUGCAGUUUUAUUAAUUUAAAACUGUUGAAUGUAGCUGGAUCCUGGGCAGGAAAGUGAUGUUAUAUUUUCAUUGUGUCUUUUUAUUGGGAUGAUCCAAAGCUGGCACUUUCAGGCACACUUGUCUCAGAUAGCCAUUGCUCUUUUUAUUACCCUACUAAGCUCCUUGUCUUCAACUGGGUCAGAGAAAACUACUUGACCAAAAUCUGGUCAGAACUCAUCACAGAAAUGAAACAGUGGUCUGUCUCUCUCAGAACUUGUUGCAGCUAAAAUAGAGAGAUAUGACUGCUCACAAUAGGAUGGUGGACUUAGUGACUGAAAUUGCAACUUGUCCUUUUUCUUGGCAUUACAGGUUUUGCCAAAAGAACUUUUUUGUAUCAAAUAUUGAUGUGUGAAAGUGAAGGAGCUAGUCUGCUGAACCAGGAGUAGUUUGAAAUACUGAACUGUCAUUUUUGCACAUUUGAAUACUUUGCAGGCUGGCUUUGUAUAAAACUUAUCCUCUGGUUUCCUAUAUGUUGUAAAUAUUUAGACCAUAAUUUCAUUAUAAAUAAAUGUAUAAAUAUUCUGCU